UUAAUUCUUAUAGCCGUUUACUGGUAAAGUCCGUCUAGGAAAGUCCGCCAGAAAGUAUGAACCCAACUCUGUCACGUCACCUUGGCUCAACUCCUAAUAUAAUUUAAACCUUAAUUUUAUUUAUUUUUUUUAACAAUUUAAACCUUAAUUUAAAAGCAAAGAUAAAUAAUUAUCCUUCAGACACGAAUGAUUCUGCCUCAAAGAUAUAUACCCUCUUCUUCAGUUCUUCUUCCAGAACAAAACUUGCUUGCCUCUCUUGCCAUACAAAUAUACUUUCUUACAGAUUAAAAAAAAGAGAUAUAGCGAGAGAAAGAAAGAGAGGUUGUAAUUUCUGUUUCCGGUGGCCGGAAAUGGCUUGCCGGCGGAUGCCCCUUACCUUUUUGUUAUUUGUGUACUUAAUAGUUUCUUCGCAGUCCCUAGACUUUGAGAAUUUACGGAGAAGGCACAAAACCAAAAUCAAAGGACCCAUCAAAACCCUGGUGAUCCUAGUCAUGGAGAAUCGAUCCUUUGACCACGUUCUCGGCUGGCUCAAAUCUACCCGACCCGAUAUCGAUGGUCUAACCGGAACCGAAUCCAACUGUAUCUCUGCCUCCGACCCAAACUCACCCGAAAUCUUCGUCUCCGACGAUGCUUUUUUCGUUGACUGGGACCCAGGCCACUCUUUCCAAGCGAUCCGAGAACAGAUAUUCGGCUCGAACGAAACAUCCGCCAAACCGGCUCCAAUGAACGGGUUCGCACAACAAGCGGAGAGCAUGACCGAGAACAAGUCGAGAACCGUCAUGAGCGGGUUCAAACCGAGUCGGUUACCGGUUUACACAGCGUUGGCAAACGAGUUCGCUGUUUUCGACCGGUGGUUCGCGUCGGUGCCAGCGUCAACUCAACCGAACCGGUUCUAUGUCCACUCGGCGACCUCUCAUGGAGCGACAAGCAAUGUGCGCAAAGACCUUAUCCAUGGGUUCCCUCAAAAGACGAUCUUUGACUCUCUGGACGAAAAUGGCCUUACCUUCGGCAUUUAUUACCAGAAUAUCCCUGCCACUCUCUUCUACAAGUCCCUGAGAAAAUUGAAGCACAUAUUGAAAUUCCACAAGUAUGAAUUGAAGUUCAAACGGCAUGCGAGGUUAGGGAAGUUGCCGAAUUAUGUGGUGGUGGAGCAGCGGUACUUUGACGUGGAGCUUUUUCCGGCAAAUGAUGACCAUCCGUCGCAUGACGUGUCGCUCGGACAGAAGUUCGUGAAGGAGGUGUACGAGACGCUGAGGGCCAGCCCGCAGUGGAAAGAAAUGGCGCUUUUGAUUACUUAUGACGAGCAUGGUGGAUUUUAUGAUCACGUGCCGACCCCUGUCUCUGGAGUGCCGAAUCCGGAUGGGAUCAUCGGGCCUGACCCGUUUUAUUUCCGGUUUGACCGGUUGGGUGUCAGGGUUCCCACCAUUUUGGUAUCGCCUUGGAUUGAAAAGGGCACUGUCAUCCAUAAGCCCGUUGGGCCAUCACCACAUUCACAGUUUGAGCAUUCUUCUGUCCCUGCAACUGUAAAGAAGCUUUUCAAUCUAAAAUCGAACUUCUUAACAAAGAGAGAUGCAUGGGCUGGUACUUUUGAGGAUUACUUUUACGUUCGUGACACUCCACGCGAUGAUUGUCCAGAAACUCUGCCGGAGGUGCAGAUGUCAUUGAGGUCAAGAGGACCACAAGAAGAUCUGAGCCUAUCAGAGUUUCAAGUUGAACUGAUCCAGCUUGCAUCGCAGCUUAAUGGUGAUUACAUCUUAAAUACUUACCCAGAUAUUGGCAAAAGCAUGACAGUGGGUGAAGGCAACAGAUACGCUGAGGAUGCAGUUAGGAGGUUCCUAGAAGCUGGAAGGACUGCUCUUAGAGCUGGAGCCAAUGAAUCUGCAAUUGUAACAAUGAGACCUUCCCUUUCAAGCCGAAUUCCUGUAGGAGACCGUGGUAGCUACGUAAAAGCCUAUUAGUUCCUUAUGGAAGUAUCAGUUGUAAAUACUAAUUUGAAUGCAAUUAGUGUUGUAUGUAUGCAUAGAACCUUGUGAUUAGAAGAAGGCCUUUAUGGUUGACUAUCAAGAACACUAUUAUUUUUAUGAAGCAAUAUCAAUAUGAACUUGUUCA